GAAGGAGACCUGGCCCUUGCUUGGCUAAUUGUGAGCAAGUGAAGCAUGUCAGUAAAAGUUCACUGUGGUCCCAGUCUGGACGAGGGCCUGCACACUGGACCUUUUUUUGGGUUCUCGCUGAUGCGCAGCUUGCGUCACAAUAGAAGUGAUUAGCUCUCAUCUUUUGUUUCUCAUCAGAACAACUGGUGUUGUGACUCUUACCUUGGGCCACUCCUUCAACCAUUUCUAUCUGUGUGGCGAAAAGUGAAAAGCAGUUUUAAUGAAUCAGUAUUCGCUAGCCGACGCCAUGACAGACAACUUGAGGAUUUUAUAAUUCUCUCCGGAGGAAGAGCGUCGCAUCUUGUAAGGAGCCACAGAGGAAACUUCACAGUGCCGAAGUUACCGGAGUCAAACAUGGGGUUUGGUGUGCUGGGAGUGUUUCUGGGGCUGCUGCUGGAGGUCUCCACCCACGGACCCCACGCUGUGCCUCGAACAUCCUGGAGACACCAAGAUUUGGAUCUGAUGGAGUUUUCUGAACCCGGGAUCUUCAACUACUCCACGUUGCUGCUGAGUGAGAAAAAGGAUGCGCUGUAUGUUGGAGCCAGGGAGGCCAUCUUUGAGCUCAGCAAGAAGAAUGUGACAGUCAGAAACAACAAGGCUCAGUGGAAGGUUGCAGAAAACCCUAUGAUGAUGUGCACGCUUAAAGGGAAAUCAAAAGAGCGGGAUUGCCUAAACUACAUCAGAGUGCUUCAGGUGGUAGACGAUGAGCGGCUGUAUGUCUGCGGCACUCACGCCUUUCAACCUCAGUGUGACUACUUGAAACUGGCGGACUUUUCAUUGGACGGCCGACCUGAAGACGGCAGGGGAAAGUGCUCUUUUGACCCCUCACAGAGCUUCACUACUGUGAUGGUUGAUGGAGAGCUGUACUCAGGGACAGCUUACAACUUCUUAGGCAGUGAACCGAUUAUUUCCAGAUACUCUCCAUCCCAGACCCUGCUUAGGACCGAGUACUCCACGUCAUGGCUUAAUGAGCCCAGUUUUGUUUUCGCUGACGUCAUCAGAGAAGACAGGAACAGAGUGGACGGCGAGGACGAUAAAAUCUACUACUUCUUCACUGAGGUGUCGGUCGAGUACGAAUUCUUUGGCAAGCUGCUCAUCCCCAGGGUGGCGCGCGUCUGUAAGGGUGACCUCGGGGGUCAGCGCACUCUGCAGAAGAAAUGGACGUCCUUCCUAAAAGCUAAGCUGGUGUGCUCCAUGCCCGAGCUCAACUUCGUCUUCAAUGUGGUACAUGAUGUCUUCAUCCUGAAAGGGGCGGACUGGAGGGACACAGUCAUUUACGGGGUCUUCACCUCCCAGUGGGGUAAUGUUGGUUUGUCAGCAGUGUGUGCUUACAACAUGACGGCUGUAGAAGAGGUCUUCUCAAAGGGAAAGUACAUGCAGAAAGCCACAGUGGAGCAGUCCCACACCAAGUGGGUCCGCUAUAACGGCAUCACUCCUUCUCCACGUCCUGGAGCUUGUAUGAACAACCAGAUGCGACAGCAGAACAUCAGCACCUCGCUCCACCUGCCAGACAAAACCCUCCAGUUUGUGAGGGACCACCCACUGCUGGAGGAUCCCGUCCUGCCCAUCGGCAACGGGCCUCGCCUCAUCACCAAAGACGUCAACUACACUCAGAUCGUGGUGGAGAGGGUGCGUGCGCUGGAUAAGAACAUUUAUGAUGUCAUCUUCACUGGAACAGAUAAGGGAGUCCUACAUAAGUCCGUGGUGUUUGAAGGAGAAGUGCACAUGGUGGAGGAGACUCAGCUCCUGAAGAACUCAGAGUCCAUAAAGAACCUGCUGCUCUCCUCUGAGACACGCUCUCUGUACGCUGGAUCAGACUCCGGUGUGGUGCAGUCCCCCACAGCUUCCUGCAGCAGGUAUCUCUCCUGUGACGACUGUAUCCUGGCUCGAGACCCCUACUGUGCCUGGGACCCUCACAGCACCGCCUGCGUCAACAUCUUUGAGGUUCCAAGCCAACGGCAUCAGAGGUUGGUCCAGAGCCUGAACGGUGAUGCAGACAAGUGUCCUGCAGUGCUGGGCCGCUCUCUUAAGGGAUCCAAGAGUGUAACAGUGAAACCAGGGAGCUCUGCUGAGCUGCCCUGCCUGGUUCACUCCAACCUGGCUCAGGUGAUGUGGAAAUCCAACGGUUCAAUUCUCACCGAGGCCUCCCGCUUCCACUUCAUCGGUGAGAACGGCCUCCUUAUCUACAGCGUGGCUCCAGAGGAUCAAGGCAACUACGAGUGCUGGUCCGUGGAAUGGGCCCCUGCUGCUGGAAAGAACUUCACCCGCCUUCUGGCUGCAUACGUCCUGUCUCUGGAUCUCCCCCCCAGACCCCCUCACCAGGCGGGUCAUGUGACCACCACCCUUGGCAACCAGGAGUCAUCUAGCACACACACAGCUGAAGGUAAUGGUAAGACUGACAGAGCCCCACUAACUUCAGCCCUCGUCCCCCCCAGCUUCACAUCCACAGUCCAACUCACCUCCCCUCCCCAGACUGACUCAUCACUAACCCCGCCCCCCAGCAGCACAAUCAAGCUCCAGCCAAAGCAGCAUCUCCCUCACAGCUCCAACGCCCCCCGGCCUGACAGUCUGGACCCAUCGGCUGAAUAUUUAGAGCACAACAACAGCACUGCUCUCCUCUUUCUCUUCCUACUGUUUUUCCUCCUCUUCCUGGCCGCACUUGCAUACAACUGCUACAUGCAGUACCUUCCGGCGCCCUGCCUGCGCAUGCGAGCCGCCCUGCUGGGCAGCCACAAGAGCGCUCAUCAGCCGGAGUAUCUCUCCUGUGAGGCGGGGCUCAUGGAAGCAUCUGCAACCGACAAAAUAAACAUGACUGAGCAACCCACGCAGAACGGCAGCCAGACCUCACAGAAUCUGCGUGCGCUCCGAGACACAGGCUACGAAACGGAGCCAGAGUGCGGCAACGGUCAGAUCCCGUCACACAGUUUUGGAGGUGACAGCCCGUCUCAGGAGAAACCCUUUGAUGUGGACUGUGAAUCUCAGCCCAUUCAGUUUGCGGACGCAGAUGAACCUUACUGCUAGCCUGGAGCUUCUUAUCCUCUUUGCACAGAUACUGUUUGAUGGAGGGUCAGGCUUCUGCUUCACCUUCACACAAAGUAUAAAUCAAGGUUUCCUUUAAGCUAAGCAUGUUUGGUGUCACAUGAAGUAAAGUCAGGUGUUGUGUUCCUGCUGUCUGCUUUAGUGCUUACUAUCAUGAGGCGGAAACUGUUCUGACAGAAGCUGCACCCUCUCAGCUGAGUCCAGCAAGAAAAGCUAUGUCUUAAAAUUCCAAAUUGGAAACAUUAUUUACCAAAUUGGUAAGUUACCUUGAUGUUUUCCAAAUUGGAUUUCUGUUUUUGUACAGCAUAGAUGAAAAACGAUAAGCUUUGUUUCUACCUUUUUUUUUUUUUUUUUUUUCAAAGCAGUGUGUGAGCUUUUGGACUCGAGUAAAUGCUUCAACGUAACUAAUUUCUCAGGGAAGAUUUGCUCACUUUAACCUGGCUUUGUUGUGCAGUGUUGCCGUCUGCAGCACCUGAUAUGUAGGCCUUAAUCUCACCCUGUGAGGUGAUGAAGCAGGUCUGAAGUAGAGAAGAAGAGGACGACUUUGCGUAAAAGAAAAAAGCUGGAAUAACUCAACCACUGUCUUGUAUAGAGAUGUCUUUGAAACCCUGUGUUUUAUUCUCCCUCUGUGUGAAGUCGACUACAUGAUGCUGAUGCUCCUGUGUAUUAACCCUGUACCAGUCCUCCUGCCUUCUGUGGUCUGUUUAUGACGUGAAUAUGUUCAGAAUGACGUGAUGCUCGGUCAUAUCGAUGAUCUUUUAUUCUUUUUCUAAAACAGCCCUGGAAACAAUCUGAACUUGUUUUAUUAAUGUUAUUAAACUUUCAUUUUUAGAAGCUAUUAUUUAAAGAUGACUCACAUCUGUGGUAAUAUUUUUAUUCUGUAAGUAGAUGCUCAGUCGUUUUAUUGUUUUGUAUUUAUUGCAGCAGGUUUGUUUUUUAUAUCCUAGGCUUCAUUCUUUCGUCUGCAUUGCAUGUCAUCUCUUGCCUAGAGUCCCUUUUUCCUUCAACCACUCUCUUUUUCCAUCACUCCCUCCCUCACAGCCUCCUCUCCUGUCGACACUUCACCUUCCCUGUCCUCCACUGGAAGUAGCACCCCCUCUGCACUUCCUUCUUCCACUUCCUCUUCUUCCUCCUCCUCCUCCUCUUCUUCCUCCACUAAGCCCCACAAUGUGGAGGCUCGUGAGGCAGAGGUGAGACUGUUACCCCCUCUGCUGAAGGACCAGGCCUGGGGGGUUCACGCCCAGGAGGCCUUCCUGCUCUUCUGCCUGGCCUUGGGUGAGUGGUACCUGUGACACCGAGUCCUGAACGUGACCUUUCCCUCAUGCUUGGUUUGGAAACCUUCUCCUCUCACUUUCUUUUAACUCUCUCCUUUCUCUCUGCCAUGAUUCUCACUCAUCCCUCCUGUUUCUACACCUUGCAUGUUACCAUUUCUUUAAAAACUAACCAGGGUUGUGUUUGUGUUCUUGAUUGUUUUUUUAAAACCAACCUGCUCGGGCUUGUGGAGAACAGUCAAUCUUAAAUUCUGGUGUGUCGUAAGAUGCCUGCAUAAUGGGUGAAUGUUUUAAAAAACAAACCUGGGAUUAAACUUUCAACCUCUCAGUCUAAAAAUUUUCAAUCCUCUGUUAUGAAAGGUCCAGUUUCUGUGUAUAAUACUGUAUAACAGCACCCUGACUUGAAAAUAUAAAUAUUAAAGUGGAUCCUUUUUAUCCACUGUGUUAAAAAAUCUCUCCUCAGAACAAAUUAUUCUACACUCAGAUGUCUUACACUUCAAUACUUUAUCUGGUUAAUUUUUCUGUGCCUGUAAACAAGUGUAGAUAUAUCUGUAUAUAUGGAAAAGGUGGAAGUUGUAUAUAAUGCUAAGGAACAAUUUGGGACUGUUGCUAUUGGUAGGGAGGCUAAAUAAAUCUUGUGAAAUGUUUUCAAUA